AUGCUCACAAAGCAGCGUAUGGAGAAGCUCAGUAUUUUUUUGAACAUGGCACAGCAGAAGCAUACCAACAAGCGCAAACACGAUCAACCUGCAAGCACAAGGAAAACCUCUAAGGUGUCGUCGACCAACAAGCGUGUCCGAAAAAGCAAGACUUGCGCCAAGUAUUUGGAAGAUAAGGGUCGCACAUGCAACAACCCAGUUGAGCCGAUCGGUAAGACGUACUGCUCCACUCACAAGAACGAGAAACCAGUGUAUGUAAAUGCGAAGAUCACACAAGAGGAAGUGGAGCUCCUCAAUUUCGUUCGAGAACACGAAUGUGUUGGACUGGCAAUGCAUCACCUGUCUCUAUGGAUUGAACAAGAGGAAGCCGAAUCGACUGUCGAUGAAGAGACUCUCCGCAAAUUCGAAAUCAACUAUGCAUGGCAAACUGAUAUGAACAGGUUCGCACUCACUUUUGGCAAAAUCGGAAUUUAG